AUGUUCAAAUCUACCAAUUUCAGGCCGAUGGAUAGAGGCUCUUCAGUAAGUUUAAUGGAACAAAAUGAGGAAGAUAGAGAAUUGUCUUCUUAUUCAGACGAAAAUGAUACUACCAAUCUAUCGAAGAUUUAUCAUUAUGAAACAUCAGAAGACGUCGAUGAAGAAGCAAAUGAAGAAAAAAAGAAAUGUUGUCCAGAAUUAAACAGAGGGUUGAUUGUAUACAAAGCCUUCUAUUUCUUAUUCUUCGGUGCCAUUGGAGCCCUUUUUCCUUACUUGGCUGUUUUCUACAAACAACUUUGGCUCUCUCCUCAUCAAGUUGGAAUCUUGAUAGGCCUAAGGCCAUUCAUACAGAUGUGUGCAUCACCUCUAUGGGGUGUUCUUGCAGAUACAUACAAUGUCAGUAAAUGGAUCCUGCUCAUGUCAAUUGGGGCUUGGUUAGCCUCAAAUUAUAGUAUAUCAUUGGUCAAGCCUUCACAGUACGAGCCGGGCUGCUCAUUGAAUUUGACGUAUUUGCCCAUGAUAGAUGACGUCGAUGAUCAAGAUUUUAACUGGCCGAACAUCGAGCCAGUGGUUUUAAAGAAGGACAAUAUUUCCAAGCCCGGAUUCGGUACAGACGAAGAUGAAAUAGACAGGUUAAGACAUUUUGGCGAUAAGCAAGAUGGUAAGCCUAGCUUUGAUAACAAAGAUUAUGAUGUACCCGAUGAGGACUUGGAAAACAGCUUGGAAGACGAAGGAGUUAGUAGCUACAGGGACGAUGGAAGACUACAAGCUGACGAAAUCAAAGGCUAUCUAAAUGAGAAGGUGAAAACGGCAGAAGAAAGCAUAAAGUCAUCACUAUAUGAAAAACAAACAACAUUAGAUAAACAGCUCCUUAAGACGCAGCUAAAUAAAGAUAAAGAUUUGCGGCUUAGCAUAAAUGAAACAUUAAACAAGGAUAUCAUUAACAAGCUCAGUUUAAAUAGAAAGCUUAACAGCUCAAAUAAGGAAAGUAAACAGAAAAGAAAUGGGAAAAAUUUUGUGAAACUUCUUAAGAUUAUGUUCCAUAGAAACAGAAGACAGUCUCAUCAAUCAAUAACAAAUUCAAAAUUUCAUAAUAAAGACAGUAUAAAAACCAACAAAAAUUCACACACGAAAUUGAAGAAGAUGGAACCCAACCAGGUAUUAGGCCAUUCAAACGAGAAUGAAACUAUGUUGCCAAAAAAGAAGAAAAGUGAAACUGGAUUACUCGGUGAUAAAGUUACCGAUGUAAGGAUGCGUCGUGCUGUGGUAGACCUCAAAGGCGACAACGAUAGCCCAUCUAAUGAUGAUUUUGUUGAUGAAAAAUCAGAUGAGUAUAUGCAAGAUGUAUUAAACACUAACAAAGGGGGAGAGUAUUAUGCAGAGAGCAUACUGCCCAACCAACGAGUACUAGCCAAGGAGGGUUUGCGUGAAGAGUUUGAUUCACUAAGAGCAGCUGGUGAAGUAUUUUGGCCAGUUUUGAAUAGAGCUGAUCCUACAAAUUCGUCAGAGAUCGUAAAUGGCGCGCAGAGUAUCGAGACAACAAAGAUAUUCAACAUAUUAUUGGCAAUAACAAUAUGCGGAACAAUCCUUUCAUCUCCAGCUGCAACACUGUCAGAUACAGCAACCCUCCAAGCUUUAGGAGAUGAUAAGUAUCGGUACGGACAGCAGCGGCUUUGGGGGGCUUUUGGAUGGGGUAUUGGAGCAUUCAUUGUGGGGGCAAUUGUCAGCGUCACACAAGAGAUAAACUUAUGCGCAGAUCCAAAACACAUCGAUUACGUGCUUUCGUUCUAUGUGUAUGCAGUUGUUAUGGUGCUUGCUUUUAUUUGUGCCAUGUUCUUCAGAUUUGACCCGGUAGGGGAUGCGUCAUACCGCGAGUCGUUUUGGGAGGCGUUCACGUUAUUUGCCGAUUGCCAGCAUCUUUGUUUUAUACUAACACUUUUAUGUUCUGGUACCGCAAUGGGAUUCACACAUACGUUCCUUUUCUGGCAUCUUCACGACAUGGGAGGAAGUCAAUUUCUGUUCAGUAUUAUCGCAGCGGUACAAUGCACAUCCGAGGUCUUCAUGUACUUUGUCUCUGGCUAUUUGAUACUCAAAAUAGGCUGCGACAGUGUACUUUAUAUAGGCAUACUGGCCAAUGUUCUCAGACUGUUUGCUUACUCGGUAAUAACCCAGCCGUUUUACUCUGUGCCACUAGAGAUUCUUCAAGGCAUUAGUUCAGCAUCUAUUUGGACGGCAGCCGUGUGUUACGUUGGACUAAACGAAGGCGUCCAGGUAACACUUCAGGCCAUUCUCCACGGAAUCUAUUGGGGUUUAGGCCACGGAGGAGGCGGUAUGCUUGGAGGAGUGGUCGUGAGUAGCAUGGGCUCUAACGCAACAUUUAUCAUAUUUGGGAUAUGUUGCAUUGUGAACUUGGCAAUGCUUCUCAUAAUGAAAUAUUGGAAGAAACUAUUCGAAUUCCUAAGCGGAUACACAAGUGUCGAGACUAUUCCCUCUGGGACAUAUAUAUUGCUGGAAAGUCAGCGAGCUGGAAAAGGAUAGCAAUGUCAUGGAGCUAGAAAAUAAAGUAAAAACAUGCACCAUAGUUGUCGUAAGUCUAAAUGUAAAUAGGUUGCUUUUCUUCAGAAAAAUUUCCGCAAUAAAUCUUUAAGGAUAUGCUAGCUUUGAACAAUAGAAUAAAAAUUUGAACAAAUGUGGAUUAGAAUUUUAUUAAUGACAAAAGUUUGUUUUGCGAACUCGAAUUCGAAGUCGGAAAAAGGCAAAUAAAACACAUGACGAUAGACAAGCUUGGAGUUAACUUCGUAACAAAUGUGACGUAAUAAUUCCACUGAGCAUACCUAAACAUCAAGCGAGAAUAAAAUGAUUCUUCCUGUUGUCAUCUCUUUUUCUAAAAGCCUAAAUGAAUUUUUAGCGACUUGCACGGUUCUUUCCCGAGAAUAAAAAACACGUAUACGAUUACAUUACUGAAAUCCCUAAUACUGAGAGUCAAGAAAUAACAAAAUUUGAAAUAUUAGUUGGUCGAGAAUCUUCGUUAGUGUCGUUGGUUUUCAAAGAAAAUUUUAAAGUGGAAGGUCGCAAAAAUUCCUUCCACUGCCAUUUCCAAAAGUCGAAGGCAUUGGAGUGUAAUUCGAAUUUGAUUUGUCUAUUCUGACUUCCUAAAAUCAAACCCUUCUACUUCGUCUUCCAUAUCUUCUUAUGUUGAUCAUGUGACAUCUCGCUAAAUUGAGCUGGCCCGCUUGCCAGGGCUGAAAAAAUCUCGCUAUCCUAGUUAACUUGUCAGCCGGCUUCCUUGAUUCAGCAUUCUCAUGUGAUAUAGCUCUGAAUACUGUUAGAACUUUUCUCACUUUCAACUCAUUUGACCAGGACAAGUACUUCAGAAAAGGGCAAGGCCGUGUAUCCAUGGUAAAGACAUAAGGUAAUCAAAAUCUGAAACAUUGUCGGGAAAAACGUGCGCCCAUAAUAAUCACACUGGGUAUGAGUGACAUUGCAAAAAGAUGAACAAUCUUAAGACAAAUUGCGACAUAACGCAAAGCAAAAAACACGAAUGCCAAAACUGUUUGCGCAAAACUACGUUUUCUUCUUUAUUGCACCCGUGAAUAGGGAAGUAGUUUCAUUUAGAGAAUGCUGCUAAGAAAAAACACUUCAAUCAUUCUGAUAAGAAAUCAAAAACUUUCAUACACAGCUUUAUGGCAGCUUUAUCUACAACUUUUUAUUCCAGAAAUGAAAACAAAAAAAUUAAAAAAAAAUUCGGGUUUUGAUAAUACCGGAAACGAGUUACAAGUGCAGUGAUAAAAAUAAAAACUAUAAAUCCAUA